AUGACUUCUCAGGAGCGGCGACUGUCUACGGGCGGGGCAGCACCAUACAAAGUGUUCAUUGGAAAAUCCAGCCAUGGUGAAUUCAAGGACCAUGCAGGUCGCUAUUACGACGUCGUCGCUAGUCGAGCUGGCCCCAACGCAGCCAUCGUGAAGCUAAGCAUUCAAUUGUAUUGUUUGGGUGAACCGGAGUUCGAUCCUCACGAUAUGGGUUCUUCUCUGUUGUAUUCAGAUGCUGUUGAGGGCUGGGGCAAUGCUCGGAACCAUUGGCCUCGCGUCGACGUAUAUACGGGGUUUGAUACUAUGGAAGAAUGCAUAGAACACCACCGCCGCGAGAAAGCGUUUCGCAAAGAGGCCAUCAAGAAGAUGAGGGACGACGCGGUGACGGGACUGUCGGAAGCCGAGGCAAAGGAAAUGUUGGCUACAAAAAUACAAGGAAAGGAACCUCUUCCGCAUAUCGUCCCGUCUUGGUGCGAAUCGGCCAGAUUUGUUGAGGACAGAUGGAGUGUUGAGGAUCGUUACAAGAGCUGGAUCUUCAUCAUACCGGCAGGUCGAUCCUCAUGGGAAGACGUGAUACACCAUGGACUUUUGCAAGCCAAGUUUGAUCUCGACGUCUCUCCCGCCAUGUUCUACUCCGAGUCACCGAUGUUUGGGCUUACUCCGGAGGGAGGAGAAGGCUGGGUUCUCGUUGAGAAGACUGGUAUUGAAAGCCUCGAGCCUGUUAAUAUUCUGCACCUCUGCGCUAGAGAGGAGCAAGGGACAUCAGACCGCACCCCGGGAAGUGAUGCGACACUGUUUAGUGCUUGGUGCGAUGCUACAAUGCAGCUUCGAGAUUGUACUUACAAGCCGCAGGGAUGCAAGGGUUGUCGUACCAAUGAGCCACAUGAUUUCUGUGAGCAGGAGAUGGAUGAGCACUUUAAUGAUGAGGAUGGGAAGUGUGUUGCUUGUAGAAGAGAAGAAGAGGAACAGAAUACUCAGCCUACAUUGGAUGCUGUUGGCUCAUGA